UAGGCGUUACAAGGAAGGUGUGACCAUUGACGAAGCAGUUCCCGCGGAACCCCGCACCUAAGAUUUAGCAAGAUGUCGUCUAGAUCUCUUUUAUGCCUCUUAGUUGCUCUGCUCUCCCUCGUUUUCUUGUCCACAGCUAUUAAAAAUAGAGAGCCUUACAAAUGUUCUCACGGGAGUCUACCAAAACAUGAAAUACCAAGAGUUCAUCUUGCUGACAGUGAUCCAAUCACAAAACGAUCUGUUACUGGCGAAAAUUUCAAUCAGAGAUUCCGUAUUUAUGUUUCCUAUGAUGAUAACUUUCAAACAGGAGGUUUAACUCCAUUGGUACAGCAAAGCAUAAGGACCAUUAUUAAUAACAUAACGUCAUUUUAUGAGUCUGUACUAACAGUACGAAGGACACCAUCCCCUAUACGUCUUGACCAGGCUUGCACUGCUAACCUAGAAAUAUUAGUUCCUCCAGGCACUCCAUUAAGGCCAUGCUAUUAUCAAUGUACUAAUGUUACCAAGUGUCUCACUGCUACUAUACCUCCUGAACAUCUACUGCGUUGUGCACAAUGUUAUGGUAGCUUGGACAUUAGCAACUGUAAUAUAACAGGGACUGAUGGACCAGGAGUCAGUAACACAGACUUUGUUCUCUAUGUGACUGGAGUUGAAGAGAACUGUGGAGAGGGAACUAUUGCUUAUGCUACAUCUUGUCAAAUGGAGGACCAAUAUGAUAGACCAAUAGCUGGUGUUGCUAAUUUCUGUCCAUCGGUUGUCAAUGUAUUCAAUGAUACUGAUUUUAUUGAAGCUGUUGCUAAACAUGAAAUAUUGCAUGCUCUGGGUUUUUCUAGUAAUCUUUUUCCAUGGUUUCGUUUUGAAGAUGGUAGCCCAAGAACUGAGAGAGACGCAUUUGGUCGCCCAUCAAUUGUCAAUGGAGCUUAUGUUGCUGAUGAGAAUACAGUGAAAGUAGUGAACUAUACUAACUGGGAGACAAGGAAUGGGCCAAUAAAUAAGACAGUUAGUCUUAUGGUGACGCCCAAUGUAGUGGAUGUUGGUAGACGUCACUUCAAUUGCAGUACACUAGAAGGAGUUCAAUUAGAAGAUCAAGGAGGACCAGCUACUAUAGCAACACAUUGGGAGAAAAGAGUGGUAGAGAAUGAAGCAAUGACUGGUUACAUUACAGUUAAUCCAGUGUUUUCUAAUUUCACAUUUGCACUGCUGGAAGAUAGUGGUUGGUACAAAGUUGAUCGUAGUAAAGCAAGUAUUCUAGUUUGGGGUCGUGGUGAUGGGUGUGGUUAUACAGCCGGUUCAUGUGGAGGGUACAUUAGUUCUAAACAGCAACAGAGUCAGCCCAUUGCUCCUUUUUGUGAUUAUCUGAAUCAUCCAGACGUUACUCAAUAUUCAUGUAAUGUUGAUAGAUCAGCAGUAGGAUAUUGUAAUCUUCAGAUAUAUAAUAAUACAAUAAUUCCAGCAGAGUAUCAGUAUUUCAAUUCUGGUGCUAAUUUCAAUCGAUCUGCUCCUCUGGAUAAUCUUGGCGGUUUCCAAUUUGUUGCUGAUUAUUGUUCAUACAUUGAAGGUUCAUCUCAGUAUGUUUGCAGUGAUCCAACCAACCAACCUGCAACAAAUUCACUAGCUCAGACAUAUGGGACUGGUUCUCGUUGUAUUGAACAUUCAGGAACAUGGCAAGUGACUACUAAUACAGGAUCACUAACACUUCAAAACACAGCUGGCUGCUAUCAGUAUACGUGUUCUAAUAGUGUUGUGACAGUAACAAUACUGGGACAGUCAUAUACCUGUAGUUAUCCUGGACAAGUGAUGGAAGUGGAUCAAAUGACAAAUGGUAAUCGUUACACUGGAGCUAUUGUGUGUCCAUCUUGUGUUGAGAUAUGCUAUGAUGACUUUGAGAAUUGCCCAGAAGCAGCUAAAUUAUAUGGAGAGAUUGCUAUUCCUCCUACUACAUCCACUCCUACUGGUCCAAACAGUGCUGGUAGUGUUUUACCAAUGAUUGGUCUACUUUUAGUUGCUGCUACGAGUGUUUUGUUCAUUAAUUUUUAAAACAAUUAUUAACACCUGUAUGCUGUGUGUGUGCAAGAGCCACAAUUUGAUUAUUUUUUACCUUCAAAAACAUUUCUUUCAUGUUA